AUGAGUCACCAGCUCGUUAACGACUGCCUUUGUACAGCGAUUUCCAUACCAGCAUCGUCCAGUAUGCUCCUGCUCACCUUAGCAAUCGCUCUCUGCGUAGCGUGUAGCUUCACCGAUGCCUCUUCAGACCCCGGCUGUACCAUCACCUCAGAUCUAAAAUACCAAAAGCUUUCAUCGUAUGGGGAAGGUUUUGUGAAGAACGUCACAAAAUGGUUCGGCCCAAAAUUUAGCGGUGGUGAUCUAGGCAUGGACUAUUCAAUUCAAGUGCCUUUCACCUACAAAGAAACAAACUUAUCAGUUUGGUGCCAAAAUAUUUGGUAUUGUUUCGAUAGAGGUACGUUGCAUUUAUGCAAAUAUGAGUGCAUUCGUCGAGUCGUGGAACGCAGGUGUGAAGCCAGGGGAUUACUCUAUUGGGCCAUCGUACGCUAG